GUGUUGAGACGUCGGCGCGUUUCGUGAUCCAGCAGCGCGUGUGAGGGAGUUGGGGGAGACGGGAAGCUCGCGGUUCCGGCGUGUUUUGUCGUGUUCUCAGCCAUGGCGUACCGCGGGCAGGGUCAAAAGGUCCAGAAAGUGAUGGUCCAGCCCAUCAACCUCAUCUUCAGAUAUCUGCAGAAUAGGUCCAGAAUUCAAGUUUGGCUGUAUGAACAGGUGAACAUGCGGAUAGAAGGGUGUAUUAUUGGAUUUGAUGAGUACAUGAAUCUGGUGCUGGAUGAUGCUGAGGAGAUCCACUCCAAGACAAAAUCAAGGAAACAGUUGGGUCGAAUCAUGUUAAAGGGGGACAAUAUUACUCUUCUACAAAGUGUUUCUAACUAGAAACUGCUCCCCUGUGUGAUCUGAUUAUGAUGUUAAUCUUAAGUAUAUGGAAGAAAAUGUAUGGUAAAUUCUGUUGCUUCCAGACUCUGCUUUAGAGUCUAAGAAGAGAGAAAAUAAUGAAGCCAUCUUUAGUUUGUGCUUACAUAGUUUCAAUAACUUUUUAAACAUUGGAGUGAUACUGUAGUUCUUCAUAAAUAAACUUUUUUAUGUUAAUA